AUGACCUUUUUCCAAACCCUCUUCCGAUCACGCAAGUCAGAGGCAGAUCGUCGGUCUCGUCUCUUUUGGCCUCGAAUCCGUCGCUCGCAGUCUGCUGCGGUCGUGCUGGAAGGGUAUCUUCAUCGCCUGGCGGGCGAUGAAGAUCCUUCCCAUGCAGCCCAGAUCACGGGCGAACCGGAGGUCCAGCACCAGGACCGGCAAGUGAGUGGCCAGACGGUGCGGUCUCAAGAAUCAACUCACACCGACAUCACCGUUUGCCGACGUCCCUCUCAGCGCAUCUCGCUGCACUUGCAAGAGCCGAGUGAGGAAUGGUCCGUGGAUACCAGCAAUACCAUUGAGGAGUAUGCCCGGGAGGGCAUACACAUCCCCGAGGUAUCCGAUCCGUUUUCAGAUGGAAAGAUCGCAAAUUCUUCUCGUCUGGACCGACUUUCCUCCUCUCGCUAUAGCGAGGAUCCGCUGCCGGUGAUCUCGGAGUCAGGGAGACGUAGUCACACCGAAGACUCGUCUCACCAGACGUCCGCAAGAUCGUACGGCGAGUACAGCCAACGCUAUGCUCGUCGUCAUGAAGUUCCUCAUUCCGUCUCUCUUCAGGAUAGAAUCAGUUCUCUCAGCAGCCAGUCAAAUUGCAUCACUGGCAUGGGCCUACUCGACCCCGUCAAAGCCAGAGAGGCAUUCAAUGUGGUGGCAGGGCAGUUCAAUCUCCCACUGGGUAUUCUAACCGACGAGCCGGAAACCGCCAAUGUCGUCCAAGAGGAACCGACCCUCGAGGUUGGAGGCUCUUCGCGUCGGCACCGAUUCCUCGGGUCAAUUCGCCCGGUGAAGUCGAACUUGGCCUUGGGGAAAGCUUCCACUGCGGCGCCGUCGCGUGUUCCAAGACUGCAGCGGACAAAGACAUUUGCGGACCUCCUGCGUCGCCCCGAGCCGAUGACAUCUCUCCAUGGGAUGUCGGCCGAGAAGCUCGCUCGCCUCGGAGGAUCCAGCUUCAUUACUUUGCCAUUUGAUUUGGCACCAGCUCCAUUGCAGCUGCCAGCAUGCAUCGUGGCCUCGGUGAUGUUUCUGCGCAAAUAUGGCGACCAUACUCGCGCGGGAGAUCUGUUCGUUGACCCCGGGGACCUCAAGGAAGCGAGUCGCCUUUACGACUCCUUUGCAAGCCAAGUCCUGUCAGCCGCGAAGGAUGAACACCGAAUCUCAUCGGCCCUGCGUGUGAUUACCAUGCCUAUCUGCCAGGAUGGCCAGACGAUUCCAGUGCUCAGUGCCGGCUGGACUUUCAAGGCAUUGUUGGCUGGAAUGCCCGGGGGGAUCCUUGGAUCUACUGUGCUAUACGAAACGUUGAUACGGAUUUAUCUUGUUGAAGACCUCGUUGGUACCGAUAUCCCACGGGCGAUCCGUACUCGGCUCAUCGCUCUCGCCAUCGUGGCAUUGACCAGUGAAAUGCAAUGCUCUCUCCUUUGUGCCGUCUUCGGGCUUCUUCGUGACUUGCUUCGAACCUUCAGCAUCGAGUCCGAUCAGGCCGGGAAGCCACUCCGGGUGGUGGCAAGUGCCGGACUGACGCGGGUGUUCGGACCUGUCUUGAACGGAAUUGGUACGGGGGCUCCUGCUGGGCUGUGGCGGGAUCACGAAAAUUCGCUGGUCCGAGUGGCCUCCCAGGUGAAGCAGAAGAUUGAGGAAGAACUGGUGACGGGAAUGUUGCUUGAGUACUGGUCGGACAUCAACACCCAUCUGCGGGCGUGGACCAGAGUUGCAUCGACGGGGGAUUACAUGGGGGGUUGA